CCGUGAUCGUGGGACUCGGCCGAAUCCUCAAUCCUUUACUCAACCACCAACAUGUACAAUGGAAUCGGGCUCACAACACCCAGAGGAAGCGGCACCAAUGGCUAUGUGAUUCGAAACCUGUCACACCUGCGCUCUCGAGAUCCCAUUAGCGACCAAAUAGUCGAGUUUGGUAAAGGGGGCCCGUCUUUAAGGGAACCCGACCAAGGGAUACUCGAACAUGAACGGAAGAGAAAAGUAGAGCUGAAAUGCCUUGAAUUGCAGCUCGAGUUGGAGGAAAAAGAAGUGCCUGAAGAUGAAAUUGAAGCACAAGUUGACGCUCUUCGUCAAAACUUACUCAAAAAUCUCUCACACAUUGCACUUCCAACUGGAAAAAAUCUCAAGUCCCAUGAUACGCAUGGAAUUGCUGUGGCGAAAAAGAGCGAGCUCUCGAAAAUGGCCCAAGCCUUAGGGACUUCUUCAAACUAUAUCGAAGGUGCUGCCUUCGAUCGCGAAAAGCAGGAAGAGGACAAGAAGCAACGUGCUCAGGAGCGGGCUGCUAAGCAAGCGGAGCGCGCGGAGGCUGAGGCUCAGCAUGCUGCCGCAAGAGCCAAGUAUGAGGCCGAAAGGAAAGAACGAGAACGACUGAGAAGACGACGUGAAUAUGAGGAACGUCUCGAACGCGAGGCGAGAGAGAAAGAGGCACGUUCAACAUACACCUCUCGCAACGACCGCGAUCGCCGUGAACGCGGCUUCCGCCCUCCUGCUCCUCCGUCUCCCCGGGGCCGAAAACGUAGCAUGUCCCCUCCCCCCAUGCGCUCUUCCCACGAAAGACGAUCACGCUCCCCUCCGCCGCGCCGUCGCGACUCCCGUUCCAGAUCCCCUGUCCCGCGCCGUCAAUCACCUCUACGUCGUCGAUCGCCUCCACGCCGUUGGUCGCCUCCACGUCGCCCGUCGCCUCCGCGCCGCCAGCUAUCUCCGCGUCGUCGGUCACCUCCACGUCGCCUUCCUGUAUCCCGCUCACCCACUCCUGAGGCCGGUAAACGUCGCCCACUUCGUCGUUCUCCUAGUCUGCCACCUCGUCGCCGUUCAGAAUCAGGAUCUCGCAGUUCACGAGGAAGAUCAGUUGAUUCAAGGUCAACCUCACGCUCACGCCCGCCUUCCCGUUCCCGUUCCCGUUCGCCAGUCCCUGUCCGUCUGGGAGGGCCGGAACUUGAAAAGCGCGCCCCUUCUCCUAUCCAUUCAGAAUCUAGCAUGUCUAUGAGUGAAGGGAGUCAGGAUUAGCUAUAUUCUCUCUCCAAAUGGUGCCGGAAAGCCCAGCAUGCGAGAUGCCACCAGCGAUGGCACUCUUCCACUCCUCGGGCGUUGCUGGGGUAUAUUUUUGUGCUAUCCAUGUACUUUCCGAUUAUUUUGUUAUCAAGGGUCACUUGAUUAACUUCUCAUCCAAAGCCCGUGCCGCUAUGAUCUUCAGUAUGCUUGUUAUAUCGUUAUAUUGUUAUAUCCAGUAUCCGGCAAACUGAAAUUAUGAGAACUACCAGCGAACACCCGACUGCGUCAAAGUUACAGCAAAACUAGCGCGGUCUGAGAAACGAUACAACUGUACCUGUCAGAGGCGGAGGGAAAUGCAUGUCAUGAGAGCAGAAUACCAAAUGUGUAAUUAAAUGAUGCAAAUGUUACG